AUGGAGGGAGUUGUUCAUUUAGAAUGUAAAGUCUUAGCAGGAAAUUCAAUUGCUUUGUCGGUUAAAUCAAUUCGUCAAGUUCAUGGCAACAAAACUAAAGUACGCUCCCACACUAAACACGACUUUAUUGUGUGCUGUGCUGUGUUGUGUUCUGCUGAUCAUACUCAAAACAGUCACCAGUCUCAUUUUACUCACAUUACAAACUUCAAGAAGAACGAGAUAGUAGUGAAUAUAAAUAAUAAAAAAAAUCGAGGCAAGACAUUAAAGUCAAGAUGUCAAGAAUCCGCGCUUUGUGAAAUGAAAAGUUGA